UUUCAUUUUCAUUUGUUUGUGCUCUCUCUUUCUUCAUGUUUUUAUUUAUGGGCAAGCAUAUGCAGCGGAAAUGAAAACAAGAUAUCAGUGGUUGAUAUCAGUGGGCAAGCUAUUCUUCUUGUUCUUUACAUCAUUUUUCGUUCACACCAUCUCGGUUACAGCUCCAGGUUGUGAGUUAAAUUUCACAACAUUUCCAUACCAACCAACCGGGGAAUGCAUCGGCCACCAAAAAAAGAUCAAUUAUUGGGACAGUUUCGGAACAACUCUUUGCUGUCGAGACCCCCUCACCGAGUUGUCACUGGCAUUAGCCAGACAAGCAAAACUUAGCAAUCAAGGCAACAACAACAGCAUCUUCAUCGACCAAAAUCAAUGGGUUAAUUGCACCAAUUCCUUUUUGCAACAACCGUCUGUUUGGGAGCUAUCGUGUGGCUUUGAUCAACUCUUCUAUGGAAGUAGUCAAUGUUCUACACUUAAUUUGUCUGCUAUUUCGCAAUUACAGAUAUAUGGAGAAGCCUUGGGAAAUUGUAGUCAAUUCAACUCUUCGGCGUUUUCUCAGUCUUGCAAAAAUUGCUCUGCUUCGAUACUACUAUUGAGGGAUGAACUUUUGACUAUACUCCAAAUAAACAAAAACAAUACUGAGAAAGCCAUAUGCGUCAUGGCAGGUGUUACCUCUGUUGCUGCUGGGAUAUUGGGUGAUCCGAAUCCCUCCUCGGUUGAUGAUUUCUAUAGUUGUUUGGAAGUUUUAGAAGCCUUGGAUCCUGGUUUCAUCAAAAUCAAAACUUCAACGGCACAAGCACUAUUAGCGUUCUUCAUAGCCAUAACUGGAAUGAUGUUUGUAGUAAUACUGAUCAAAUGUGUCACCAGGAAUCAAAAAAAUUAUUCUAAAUCUUUCCAAACCAAACAGAUUAAAACUUGGUCCAGUCUCUAUCGAUUCUCCAAGGCCGAGAUUGAGAAUGCGCUAAAUUUUAGCAGUGAAAAAGUAUUCCUAGGGCAAGGAAGCGCGGGGCAAGUUUAUAAAGGCAUUUUACCGAGUGGACAAGAAGUGGCGAUCAAGCAAAUAUAUAGGAGCAACACGUCCGAUUCAUUUACGCGCGAAGUCGAAAACCUUUCAAAAGUCCGGCAUCAAAACCUAGUUUGUCUAUUUGGUUGCUGCGUCGAGGAUGGCGAGCAGUACUUAGUCUAUGAAUUUUGUCCGAAUGGAAAUCUAGCUCAACACCUCCUAAGGAAAGAUACAGUGCUAACAUGGGGAAGAAGAGUAAAGAUUCUAAGGGACUGUGCACUUGCACUCAGAUAUCUGCAUCAUUAUAUAGAUGGAUGCAUUGUUCACAGAGACAUUAAGCUUACAAACAUACUAUUGAGUGAGAACUUGGAUCCAAAGCUAUCUGAUUUCGGGUUAGCGAGGAUGUUGAGCAUGGAGGAGAGCAAAGUGUUCACAGAUGUGAGGGGAACCAUAGGGUAUAUGGACCCAGAAUACAUGAGCAAUGCAAAGCUCACUUGUGCCAGUGAUAUCUACAGUUUUGGCAUUGUUGCUCUCCAACUUCUAUCUGGACAAAAAGUCAUUGAGCUUGAUCUUGAUGCCAGAGACCAACUUACAAGAAAGGCAAAGGAUGUAAGUAUAGGGAAGAGACCGUUGACAGAAUUUGAAGAUCCGAGGCUGAAUGGAAGUACAAACAGCGUGGAUUUCGAAUCACUUUUACAAAUAGCAGUGCUUUGUGUUGCCAAAUCCAGCAGAGGCCGUCCUACUAUAGAUGUCGUGUUUGAAGAGAUGGACAAGGCUUGGAAAAACAUUCAACUUUCUCUCAGAGCUAAGAACGAGAAGAAGUUAUCAGGAACACCGGGAUCCAGAUCAUCAGAACUCAAUCCAGUCUAAUAACACACACAUAUAUAUAUACACAGAGAGAGGAGGGUACUGGGAGUUUGAAGUUUAAAGACUUUGAGAAGAGUUUGGGGGUGCUUUGUUUAUAAAAGUCAAUUUAAUGGCUAAAAAGUAAAAUAUUCGUCUUAAUUAGAAAAAGGUAAAUUAUGUAAAUGGUCCUUGUAAUUUAUACGAUGUGUCAAUUUGGUUUUUGUUAUUUUAAUUUGCUCAAUUUUGCCCCUUAAAUUAAC